CCGUUAAAUCACGUGACCGAAAUCACCAAUCCUGCACUUUUCUCAAAACCCCUAAACCCUAGAUUUCUUCAAUCUCUCAGUCCCUCUCCUCACUCCCCGAUAAAUUCCAAUGGCUUCCUCUCUUCGAAUUGCGAGCUCAACCCAUUUAAUCUCUCCCUACUCGCCCCGGAACCUCUUCUCUCAGUUCAAUCGGCCCCCAAAUUGUCGAAGAAAAGGGCGAACUUUAUCAUCAGUUCGCUGCUCGGGCUCGUCUUUUGUUACAAUGGACUCAGCGAGGAUCAAGGUGGUCGGAGUUGGAGGAGGCGGGAACAAUGCCGUCAACAGAAUGAUCGGAAGCGGGCUGCAGGGUGUUGAUUUCUACGCAAUCAAUACGGAUGCUCAGGCUCUAUUGAAUUCAGAAGCGGAAAAUCCAUUACAAAUUGGGGAGCUUUUGACCCGUGGGCUAGGUACGGGAGGAAAUCCUCUUCUAGGGGAGCAAGCUGCUGAGGAAUCUAGAGAAGCUAUAUCCAACACCCUGAAGGAUUCAGAUCUUGUCUUUAUUACUGCUGGUAUGGGUGGAGGCACUGGCUCUGGUGCUGCACCAGUUGUUGCUCAAAUAUCUAAGGAAGCCGGUUAUUUAACUGUCGGUGUUGUUACGUAUCCCUUCAGCUUUGAAGGUCGCAAACGAUCUUUACAGGCACUAGAGGCUAUAGAGAAGUUGCAAAAGAGUGUCGAUACCCUUAUAGUGAUUCCCAAUGACCGGUUGUUGGAUCUAGUUGAUGAGCAAACCCCACUUCAAGAUGCAUUUCUUCUUGCUGAUGAUGUUUUACGCCAAGGGGUGCAAGGGAUAUCCGACAUCAUAACUAUCCCUGGACUUGUGAAUGUUGAUUUUGCCGAUGUGAAAGCUGUAAUGAAGAACUCCGGAACUGCAAUGCUCGGUGUUG